AUGGGAGGUCAUAAGCAAAAGAAAAAGACGAAUUUCAACUGGGCCAAACAAGAACCGUAUGUGCUUUCUAAUCGUAGUGCACCUGCUAGGAAUAUGAGGAAAACAGAUAUUGGCUCCGUUAUAUUUGGAUGCACGAACAGCACAAUCAAUGAAUGCUUAUCUAAACAGUUGUUCGGUUUGCCAGAGGGUCACUUUGCAUAUAUUAAAAACAUCAGCAAAGGGCUUGCUCUAUUUCUGUUUAAUUAUAGUGAUAGAAAACUGCAUGGGAUAUUUGAGGCUGCAGGUCCUGGUCAAAUGAACAUCGAUAAGUAUGCCUGGGUUGCAGAUGGAGAUGACUCUGGAUAUACAUAUUAUCCGGCUCAGGUGCGGAUUUGUUUCAGACAAGAAUGUCGGCCACUGUCUGAGCAACAGUUUGGGCCAAUCAUUGCCAAUAACUACUAUGAGACCAAACACUUCUAUUUUGAGCUGGAUCAUCAUCAAACAAACCAACUGAUCUCCUUGUUCGAAGUGAAUCCAGUCAAUGAAGUGAAGUACCCUCAGAUUCCAAGGCCGAAAAGGAGUUUUGAGGUGGUACCCAAGAACCUGAAUCAGACGUCAACGCUCUCGUAUGCUUCUGUCCUUGGCGAUUGCAGUAGUUCUGCCACUGCUACUUCUAGUUCCCAUCCCACACGACAAUGGAGCUCAUUAUUCAAAACUGAAUCAACCAUUGACGAGCAGUCUAAUGGGAUCCAAGAUUCAAACUCGUCUUUCUCUGCUUCAGAUGCACAUGAAGAAAAGGCUGAGAUUCCUCGAGCACACACUUGGGAUGAGGAAGCAAGAAUCUGGAACGGACAAGCGGACUCCUGGGAUGUACAAGCAGAUACAUGUGAUGGAGAAGUAGAUACAUGGAAUGGACAAUCUGACACCUUGGGGAAACAACAGGCAAACACCUGGGAACAAAAGCCUAUUGUCACUGCUGAUGAUGGAGAAGUAGAUACAUGGAAUGGACAAUCUGACACCUUGGGGGAACUACAGACUAAUACCUGGGGAGAACAACGGGCAAACACCUGGGAAGAACAACAGCCCAUUGUCACUGCUGAUGAAGUCACAGGUUUUCAUACAUGGGAACAGCCAAAGACCUGUGAGGAUAGGCCAUCUUCUGAGAGUGACGAGACAGAGGAGGGUGACACUGAGGAAACUGAAAAUCAUGAAAACGAAAAUUCCACUGAACCGGACACGGUUAAAGAGCAAGAGGCGUCAAAUGAUCUUCAGUCUCUGGUGGUCAAAUUAAUGCAAGAAGUUAAAGAGCUGAAGGGAUCUCAGACAAAGCAGAUCGUGAAAGUUAAUGUGCUACAGCAAGAAUUGGUUCAAUCAAAACAAGAAAUUGAUCAGCUUAGAACCAGUCUUAGUAAUCUGGUAUCACGGUCAGGAUCUAUUGUAGACCCUGCUGACGUAGACACUCAACUACUUAGCAAAUCUCAGUCAAAUUUAGUUGAAUCUGUAUACAUAGUUGGGGGUUUUGACGGUUCUUCAUGGAUGUCAACGAUAGAAUCCUAUUUCCCAUAUCAUGAUCAUAAAUGCUCACUUAGUCCAAUGAAGUUUGUCAAGACAUAUGCCUCAGCAGCAACCUUUAAUGCUGAAAUUUUUCAUUUUGGUGGUGGGGGAUACCACACAGUUGAAUCCUUCAACCCAACCACGAAUCAGUGGAAUUCAAGACCACCCUUACACUGGAAAAAUAUAUAUGCUGCUGGAGCUUCAAUCAAUGACAGACUUUUCGUCGUUGGUGGUGCUAAUGGAUCUGGGGGUCCUUCCGAGGUGGAAUAUCUUGAUUUAAUUAUCGGGAAGUGGCUUCCCACGCGUGCAAUGCAAAGCAAGAGGUUAGGGCCAGCAGUGGCAGAACUGAACAAUGCACUGUAUGUUACUGGUGGAUACGAUGGGGCAUCCUAUUUGAGUUCUGUUGAAAGGUUCGAUCCUCGUGAAGAAGCAUGGUACAAUCUUCCUAGCAUGAACACAAGGAAGGGUUGCCAUUCACUGGUGGUAUUACAUCAGAAACUGUAA